GUACAGAGUUGCAGUGCAGAAAAUUCGGAUAAUUUUCAUUGAUAAUUUCAAAGUAACCAUUGAAUUUAACAAGAAAUAGAAAAUUAACAAUCCAACGAUGGUUGUAAAGCCAAAUAUGGUCGCCAGAAAGCCGCAAGGACAGGCUUAUAAGGAUAAAAGCAAACCGGCUGACAUCCGAUUGAGCAACAUCAAUGCUGCCAAAGCCGUUUCCGAUGCUAUUCGUACAAGCUUGGGUCCACGUGGUAUGGACAAAAUUAUUCAAGCUUCGAAUGGUGAAGUAACUAUUACAAACGAUGGAGCAACGAUUUUGAAACAGAUGAAUGUUAUUCAUCCUGCGGCUAAAAUGUUAGUAGAACUGUCCCGGGCUCAAGAUGUUGAAGCCGGAGAUGGCACAACAUCCGUUGUGGUCGUCGCGGGAUCCUUGUUAGAGGCAGUAGAAAAGUUGCUGCAGAUGGGCAUCCAUCCGACUGCUAUAUCGGAAGCCUUCCAACGUUGUUCAGCCAAGGCUGUGGAAGUGUUGACGGAAAUGUCCCGCCCAGUAGAAUUGGAUGACCGUGAGUCGCUGAUCAAGAGCGCUUCUACGUCUUUGAAUUCGAAAGUCGUGUCCCAGCACAGCAGCAUGUUGGCCCCGAUUGCGGUGGAUGCCGUGCUAAAAGUGACGGAAUCAGUUUCUCAGACAUCGGUGGAUUUGAAAAACGUGAAAAUCAUUCGCAGCCUCGGCGGAACCAUCGAGGAUACUGAGCUAAUCGAAGGACUUGUUUUUACGCAGCGCUCUUCAGGUGUUAAUGGACCAAAACGCCUGGAAAAAGCUAAAAUUGGUUUGAUCCAGUUUUGCAUAUCCGCUCCCAAGACCGAUAUGGACCAUAGCGUGAUUGUUUCCGAUUAUGCAGCAAUGGAUCGCGUUCUAAAAGAGGAACGUGCAUACAUUUUGAACAUCGUAAAGCAGAUCAAGAAAUCUGGCUGUAACGUGCUGUUGGUACAGAAGUCUAUUCUACGCGAUGCCGUCUCAGACCUUGCCCAACAUUUCCUGGAUAAAAUCAAGGUGAUGGUUGUAAAAGAUAUCGAACGAGAAGAUAUUGAAUUUGUUUGCAAAACGCUUCGUUGCCGUCCGAUUGCCUCGCUUGAUCACUUCGUCGCGGAAAACUUGGUAAAUGCAGAUUUGGUAGAGGAGGUGGCUAGUGGAUCGACGAAAUUCGUAAAAGUCACUGGCAUUCAGAACAUGGGCCAGACGGUAUCGAUUGUUGUGCGUGGAUCAAACAAACUCGUACUGGAGGAAGCUGACCGAUCGCUUCACGACGCAUUGUGCGUUGUCCGUUGUUUGGUAAAGAAACGUGCUCUGAUUGCCGGUGGUGGCGCCCCCGAGAUAGAGAUGGCGAUGCAACUGGCGGCUUAUGCUCAAACUCUGCAGGGAGUCGACGCAUAUUGUUUCCGGGCAUUUGCUAACGCCUUGGAAGUGAUUCCGUCAACUUUGGCUGAGAAUGCUGGCCUUAAUCCGAUUGCAACUGUGACUGAGCUGCGCAAUCGCCACGCUCAGGGUGAAAAAAAUGCUGGAAUCAAUGUGCGCAAGGGUGCUAUAACUGAUAUCUUGGCGGAGAAUGUUGUUCAACCGCUGCUGGUGUCCACCUCCUCCAUUACGCUCGCGUCUGAGACGGUGCGUUCUAUUUUGAAGAUAGAUGAUAUUGUCAACACUAUGCAGUAAGAAAGGUUUGUCAGAGCAUAGACCGACUAACCGACUUAUAACUUACGAAACCGCAAUUAUGUACUAUCCAUUGCGAUCGGCUUAACUCGCCUAGCACGUAUUCUAAUUCAUCUUACUUUCACAUGCACUAUCGGCGUUGAUAAACGUCCUGCACAAUAAUUUGCUGAAAGAAUCUGUUCGGAUUCAUUGAAAACGCGAAAACAUUGCUCAUUCGUUUGUAUG